CCUUGGUAGGCUCACCACCAGCCCGUCCCCCCCGGUGACUGACCCCGCCGACCAAAGGAGGGCCUUGAUGAAGACCAGCCUUGCCAACUGCUCUGCGGGUCCCUCUUCUCGCGCCCGCUCAGCUCGCUCGCGGCGACAUAGCACCGCACAGUCUGAGACCCGCCUGCCCCCGUCGCUCUCGACCCAUCACCUGUUCGGCGUGGUGAUUGUGCUGCUCGUCCUCACGGUCCAGCUGCUUGUCCCCCGCCUACCUCACGAGAUCCUGCAGUAUUUCUCGCCAAAGCAGCAUUGGCGUGUUACAUCGCCGAGCGUCCCUCUCCACAGUCCCACCCUUCAUAAGAGCCCUCCGACCUGUCCGCGGCCGCCACAGCACGUCGAGUUUGCAGGCACAUUCAACACAGACACUGAACGCAGCAUGGCGCUUGCAGAGCAGGCUAAGCGGGUCGCCGCCGAGUUUGAGUUUGGGCAAGAGGACGUCAGGAAGGCUGUCAAGGAGUUUAUACGCGAGAUGAACGAGGGUCUCGAGAGGGAUGGAACGGAGUUGAGCCAGAUUCCCACAUACGUCACCGCUGUACCCAAUGGAACUGAGAAGGGUCUCUACAUGGCCGUUGACCUAGGCGGGACCAACUUCCGUGUCUGUUCAAUUCAAUUGCAUGGUAACACCACCUUCUCCCUCACCCAGAGCAAGGUCGCCAUCCCUCGGGAGCUCAUGGUUGCGAAGACGGCCAAAGAACUGUUCUCCUUCCUAGCCAAGCAGAUCGAGAUCUUCCUCAAGACGCACCAUGAAGAACACUACUUCUCACACAUUCGGCGCCGGAAAACGGGGGAUCGCAUAAACGAGGAAGAAAUAUUCAACUUGGGCUUUACUUUCUCCUUCCCAGUACAUCAGAUUGGAAUCAAUAAAGGCUUGCUGAUGCGUUGGACAAAGGGCUUCGAUAUCCAGGAUGCCGUCGGCAAGGACGUCUGCGCUCUACUUCAGGCGGAGAUUGACGAGCUGCAUCUCCCGGUUCGAGUCGCGGCUUUGGUCAAUGAUACUGUGGGGACGCUCAUGGCUCGGUCAUACACUUCUCCCGGCAAGACUGGCACUCUUUUGGGUGCCAUCUUUGGGACCGGAACUAACGGUGCCUACGUGGAGAAAUUAGAUAAACUCACUAAACUCACCAACAACCAAAAAGCAGGAGACUACGACAAGUCUACGGGUGAGAUGGUCGUCAACACCGAAUGGGGUUCCUUCGACAACUCCCUCCGCACGCUUCCAAACACUCCAUACGACAUCGAGCUCGACGCCAAAUCCGUGAAUCCCGGUAUCCAGAUGUUCGAAAAACGAGUCUCAGGCAUGUUCCUUGGUGAAGUUCUCCGUCUUGCCCUUGUCGGGCUCCUCGAGGACCCCUCAAUCCCACUUUUCAGGGACGAGAACUCAGCCCAAAAUGACGUCCACAGCACCACGCAGAUCCACGAGGGCAGCGGGUUGUGGAAGCAGUGGGGGAUCGAUACCAGUUUCUUGAGCAUUUGCGCCGGCGACCACAGCCCCGGGUACAGAAUGACAAGGCAGACCUUGGACAAGGACUAUGGCAUCUCUGCCGUGAGCGCUGAGGAUGCGGAAGCGGUACGCGUAAUCGCUGCUGCUGUUGGACGACGUGCAGCUCGUCUCUCGGCCGUCGCUAUUGCCGCUAUUAUUAUCGAGACUGGGCGACUAAAUGCUUCUUCUACUACUGGAACGGCAACCACAGAAAAGAAAGCUGGCGUUGAGCUGCCGAGAGGAGAUUUCGAUUCAGCUGGUCGAGGAGAGGUGCCGGAAGAAGACGUAAUUGAUAUCGGCGUUGAUGGGUCGCUGGUAGAAUUUUACCCUGGUUUCGAAGACCAUGUUAGACAGGCACUAAGGGAAGUCGAGGAGAUUGGCGAGGCUGGAGAGAAGAGGAUCCGUAUUGGCAUUGCGAAAGAUGGGUCUGGUGUUGGUGCAGCGCUGAUUGCGCUUGUCGCGGGGAAGGCGGUGCAUGAUUCGGAUAGCGAGUGAAGUUUCUCCUUCUUCCAAGACGAAAUAAUAUUUGGGCCGAGAAUAGGGUUGGGUAGAUGCUGCAAACUUGGGGAAUGUAUAUGAAUGGUAUGGUUGAGAUUUGAAAGAUCGACGAACGGAUGGGUGGGAGUAUUUUUGGCUUGACCUAUUUGUGUAGUUAGGGUGUUUGCAAAAUCUUGCUUCUUGUAACUCCUUUUCGGC